AGCUCACCGUACAGACACACAUUUCUUGUGAAUGGAUUUCAGCAAUGCUUUGAAUGUACUACUAUAAGCUGAUUUAGGAACCUGAAGUAUUACAACAAUGCUAAGAGCUCUAAAGAUAUUUUCCUUCUUACUCUCUGUGAUAUCGUUUGGAUACUUUUUUAGAGAAACCAUUAAACAGAACAGCAUACAUCUCAGCUAUUUUAAAUUGCUAGAAAACACAACUUUUAAAACUUCUAAACAAAUCACAAUUCAAAUGAAGUAUGUAAUAUUUCAAGAAUCACCAAGAACAACCUCUAGCAACACAGGUACGACAAAUUCAGAACAGAUAACUCAGGAUGACAUUGCAACUGAAGGAGAUGGCAUCCCUACCUUGAGUGCCACAAGUAAAUUGUUGAAUACAGAAAGUUUAAUUUACAAUAAUGUGAAUCUAUCAUAUAUUCUACGACUAGGCAAUGGUAUAAUAUUUCUCGAGACUGGAAACAGGACACCAUCUUCCUUGGUGCUAUGUGCAAUUGAAUCAGCUGCACGUGUAUAUCACGACAGGCCAGUAGUUUUCUUCAUAAAUGGAUUAUCUGAAAUAAAUUCAGCAGAUGAUAAGGAUUCAGCACAAAGGAGAAUCCAGAUUCUCUCAUCUUUUCCAAACAUGUACAUCUUCCCUUUAAAACUAGAAGAAGUGUUUAAGGAUACACCGCUUUUGCCAUGGUACGAAAGGAUUAACAGUACUCUUCAACUCCAUUGGCCCCACAUAACUGCAGAUGGCUGCAGAUUGGCCCUUAUAUGGAAAUAUGGAGGUAUUUAUAUGGACACAGACAUCAUCUCUAUUCGAUCCAUUCCAGAAAACAACUUCCUUGCAGCACAAUUCUCCCAAGAUUCAAGCAAUGGUAUUUUUGGACUAUCUCCACAUCACAAUUUUACUUGGAGCGGCAUGGAAGAUUUUGUGAAGAACUAUAAUGGAGCAAUAUGGGGACAUCAAGGUCCUCAGCUUUUCACACGUGUCCUGAAGAAAUUUUGUGACAUACCAAAGUUUACAGCAGUCGAAGAUGUCAAUUGUGGAAAUAUCUCCUUCUUGCACCCACAACGCUUCUAUCCUAUUUCAUACCCUAAUUGGAGAAGAUAUUUCCAGACUUGGGACAAGUUUCCAACAUUUAAUGACAGCUAUGCACUGCAUCUCUGGAAUAAAAUGAAUAAAGAACACAGGACUAUGGUACCUGGGAGUAACACAUUGGUAGAGCAUCUCUACCAACAACACUGUCCCACCACAUAUGGAGCUCUUAGGAGAAAUGAGAGUAAUAUUCUUUAA